AUGGCCGAAGAAACAGAGGAGGCGGUGAAGACGUUUGCGGAUUUGGGGAUAUGCGAACAAUUGGUGGAAGCAUGUGAAAGAUUAGGAUGGAAAAACCCUACAAAAAUUCAAGUAGAAGCCAUCCCUCAUGCUCUUGAAGGCAAAGACUUAAUUGCUCUUGCACAAACUGGCUCUGGCAAAACAGCUGCUUUUGCUCUUCCAACUCUCCAAGCCCUUCUUCAAGCUUCAGUCACUUCUGUUCCAGUCUUCUACGCUUGCGUCCUCUCCCCUACCAGGGAGCUGGCAAUUCAGAUAGCUGAACAGUUUGAAGCUUUAGGGUCCGAUAUCGGGUUGAGAUGUGCUGUUCUUGUUGGAGGGGUGGAUAUGGGGCUACAGACAAUUGCCCUUGCAAAGCGGCCUCAUAUUGUUGUUGGUACACCAGGUCGCCUUUUGGAUCAUUUGUCAAAUACGAAAGGAUUUUCUCUCCGUACACUGAAAUACCUGAUCUUGGAUGAGGCAGACAGGUUGCUAAAUGAAGAGUUUGAGAAAUCACUGGAUGAAAUUCUAACUGUUAUUCCACGGGAUCGGAAAACAUAUUUGUUUUCUGCAACUAUGACAAAGAAGGUUCGAAAGCUCCAAAGGGCUUGUUUAAGAAAUCCUGUGAAGAUAGAAGUGGCAUCCAAAUAUUCUGUUGUCGAGACAUUGAGGCAGCAACUUCUCUUUUGUCCUGCUAAGUACAAGGAAUGCUAUCUUGUACAUGCUCUGACUCUGAAAUCUGGAGCUUCUACCAUGGUUUUCACACGGACAUGUGAUGCAACUCAUUUUUUGGCUUUGGUUCUUCGAAAUCUUGGUCUAAGGGCCAUCCCCAUUAAUGGCCACAUGAGUCAGUCUAAGAGGCUUGGAGCCUUGAACAAGUUCAAAGCUGGCGAGUGCAAUAUUCUCAUAUGCACUGAUGUUGCAAGUAGAGGACUUGAUAUUCCAUCUGUGGAUAUGGUUGUUAAUUAUGAUAUCCCCACCAACUCUAAGGAUUAUAUUCAUCGUGUUGGGAGAACUGCUCGUGCAGGAAGAUCUGGGUUGGCAAUAUCACUAGUUAAUCAAAAUGAAAUUGGGUGGUUUAAACAAAUAGAGAAUCUCAUUGGUAUUAGGAUGUCGGAUAUUCGACCUCAUCAAGAGGAAAUCAUGCUAUUGCUGGAGCGUGUCACAGAAGCCAAAAGAAUUUCACAGAAGCAAAUUAAAGAACCUGGAGGUAAGAAAAGGAAGGGCAGAGGAGACGAGGACGAGGAAGAAAUUGAUAGAUACAUAAGCAAGAAAGAUGGAAGAUUCAAGAAGAAGAACAAAAGAUGAUACCAGCAGCUUCUCAGUUCAAGUGUUUCUAACAUGCUAGAAUAUUUAUGCAAUUUUUGGAGCAUAACAUCCAUACAUGAAACCCUGAUAAUCCACUGAUGGAGCAAACCGAGAGUUCUACUGGUUCAAGGCUUUUCUCUUGUUUUUCCUUUUAGAUGAUACCUGAUUAUCCUUUUAGGUAUUGAUUUUGCAAUGAGAAUUUAAAAAAUAUUCUUUGAA